AUGUUGUCCUCAGUGCGAGUAGCAAGCCGACAGGCUGUGUCCCGUGGAAUUGCCUCCAAAAGCUCCGUAGCUGUCGCAUCCCGCCAAGCGUCGACAUGGGCUAAUGUACCCCAAGGACCUCCUGAUGUAAGUAUCACCGAAGCCUUUAAGGCCGACAGCUUCAAGGAGAAGAUCAAUCUUGGCGUUGGCGCAUACCGUGACGAUCAAGGAAAGCCAUACGUCCUCCCCUCCGUACGAACCGCGGAGGACAAAGUCGUGUCCGCACAACUGAACAAGGAGUACGCUGGAAUCACUGGUGUCCCCGAGUUCACCAAAGCUGCUGCUCUCCUCGCAUACGGUCCUGGAUCCAGCGCUCUCGACCGCCUCGUCAUCACACAAUCCAUCUCCGGAACAGGCGCUCUCAGAAUCGGCGGUGCUUUCCUCGAACGUCAUUACCCAGGCGCAAAGAAGAUUUACAUCCCAACCCCAUCCUGGGCAAACCACGCUGCUGUGUUCAAGGACUCUGGAUUGGAGGUUGCCAAGUACAGAUACUAUAACAAGGAUACUAUUGGUCUGGACUUUGAGGGUAUGGUGGCAGAUAUCAAGGGCGCUCCACAGGGUAGCAUCUUCUUGCUCCACGCAUGUGCACACAACCCCACUGGUGUCGACCCAACACCUGAGCAAUGGAAGGAAAUCAGUAAUGCUGUCAAGGCUGGUAACCACUAUGCUUUCUUCGACAUGGCGUACCAAGGCUUUGCUUCGGGAGAUACUGACAAGGAUGCUUUCCCAAUCCGACACUUUGUCGCUGAGGGCCACAACAUCUGCCUUGCUCAGUCAUUUGCUAAGAACAUGGGUCUUUACGGAGAGCGUGUAGGCGCCUUCUCUAUCGUCGCCGCCGACGCCGCCGAAGCCAAGCGCAUCGACUCACAAGUCAAGAUCCUCGUCCGCCCUCUCUACUCCAACCCACCCGUCCACGGCGCUCGUAUCGCCUCCGAGAUUCUCAACGAUAAGGCCCUCAACAAGCAAUGGCUCGGCGAAGUCAAGGGCAUGGCCGACCGCAUCAUCACCAUGCGCGCUCUCCUGAAGAAGGAACUGGAGGCAUUGGGAUCGAAGCACGAUUGGAGCCAUAUCACAAGCCAGAUUGGCAUGUUCGCUUACACUGGUCUGACUCCGGAGCAGAUGGACAAGUUGGCGAAGGAACAUUCUGUUUAUGCUACUAAGGAUGGCAGAAUUUCGGUUGCCGGUAUUACGUCUGGAAAUGUUAAGAGACUUGCUGCUGCUAUCCAUGCUGUUAAGCCUUAG